GGUCCAGUAACGACGGUCACUCACACCAUCAGGGUCAAAACCUGAUCGAGCAGCAGAAGAGAAGACGUCCUGAAGAACUGAGCUAAAUUGGACACCAUGGCCUCCACCUUCUCUGUGCGCAGCUACUCUGUACGCCAGCCCUCCUUCUCCAGCAUGUCUGUGAGGGACAGCGGACGCAGCAUCCGCUCCAAGCCUUCCGUCUCGCCUCUGGCCACCGUCGGCACCCUGUCUCUGUCCCGCUCCGUCUCAGUGGGCAACGGCCUCAACAUGCUGGGCUCCAGCCUCUCCUUCAACGGCCUUGGUGUCGGAGCCAGCGAGAAGGAGACCAUGCAGGGCCUGAAUGACCGGCUGGCCAACUACCUGGACAAGGUGCGCUCACUGGAGAGGUCCAACGCUGAACUGGAGGUGAAGAUCAAACAGCUGAUGCUGGAGAGGGCUCCGAAAGGACAUGACAUCGAGGGGAUGAUGGCCCAGGCACAUGCCAUUGGGCAGGAGGUGAGAAAGAAGACGCUGGACAACGCUCGUAUCAUGCUGGAGAUUGAUAAUGCCAAGCUGGCAGCUGACGACUUCAGGGUCAAAUGGGAGGCAGAGGCCACUUUGUGCCAGUCGGUGGAGAGGGACUGUCAGGCUCUGAGGAGAGCGAAGUCUGACCACGACCAGAUCAUCGCUACUCUGCGAGGAGACCUGGACAGCCUGAAGGAGGAGCUCUACUUCCUCAAGAAGAAUCACGACGAGGAAAUGAGCUCCCUCAAGGCACGUCUGGCCAACGAGCAGGUGAAUGUGGAGGUGGAUGCAGCUCAGAGUCCAGAUCUGGGGGCCAUACUGGCUGAACUGAGGGUUCAGUAUGAGGGCAUCGCUCGCAAGAACAAGGAGGAGGCUGAGGCCUGGUACCUCAAGAAGUUAGAAGCAGUGCAGUCGGAGGUCAAAGAAAGCAAUGAGGCUUUGCGAUGUGCCCAAACUGAGCUCAGUGAGAGACGACGUUUCCUGCAGGCUCUGGAGGUGGAGCUCGAUAGUCUUCGCAAACAGGUAGGUGUGUUGGAGGGAAACCUGGGAGAAACAGGGCACAAAUACUCUGUGGAGAUGGACCGUCUUCAGGCCACGCUGACCCAUCUGGAGGAUGAGCUGUCUCAGCUGCGUCUGGACAUGCAGCGCAACAAGACCGACUACGAACAGCUGCUGCGCAUCAAACAGAACUUGGAGAUGGAGAUUGCCACCUACAGGAGGCUGCUGGAAGGAGAGGAAAUGGUGAAAGAAACACCUCCACCUCCUAAAAAAGACCCUGACGUCAGGACCAGGAAGAUUGUAAAAGUCGUUACUCAGACCAUGAUCAACGGUAAAGUGGUAGAUGAGUCCAGCGAGGUGGAGCAGAUUGAAGAACGCAAAAAAUGAGCCAAAGUGUGUGCAGAGAAGGAGCAGCGACGUCUGUUAAACCCAAAGUGCCUGCUGACUGUGGAUCAGCGCUCUUGUUUUAUAGCUUCUUUAUUUUGUCUCUAAGUUUUAAGUUGCCCCCAGCUUGCCAAAACUGAUCUGAAGAUAAAAUUCAUGUUCAGUUAAAUAUAUCCUCUUCAGCAACAUGAAAUAUUUGUGUGCAUGUGAACAUUAAAAUUGAAGUAUAAUCUGGUAAUCAUGACACAAUAAUAUGUAAUAGCUUUCUCCAGGGCUUUUGACUACAUCUCAGAGUCUGUGAAACAUAUGUAAAAAGCUAGUAGGAGGACAUUUUGCCUUAUGAAGAAUUAGCUUUCACAGUCAACCCCCAUUUCCAUUUAAAGCAUUAGUUUGUCAUUUUGGGAACUAUGCCUUUUAGCUUUCUUGCCUAGAAACAGGUGAGAAAAUAGGAACCAUUCUCAAGUUUGUAAAUAUGAAGCUACAGCUAGCAGUCCAUUAGCUUAGCUUAGCAUAAAGACUGGAAACAAGGGGAAACAGCUAGCCUGAUUCUUCCAGUAGUAACAAAAUCCACCCAACAACACCUUUAAAGCUUUCUAAUGGACAGGUUAGGUCUUAGUUUAAUUCAGGCAAAAAACAAAGUGGAAAAAAAUAGCCUUUAUGCUAAGCUAACCAGCUGCUGGUUGUAGCUUCAUAUUUAGUGCACAGACAUGAGUCUUCUCAUUUCACUCUUGGCAUGAAAGAGUAUUUCCAAAAAUGUCAAACUUUUAGUACAAACAGGAUAUUUUUGGAGGGUCACACUAAAUGUUAUUAGUUAUUUGAAAUUUGUCGUCGUUAUAAACAAAUGCUUUCUAGAAACUGUCUUGAUCAGUAUCAACUGUAUUUGCACAAUAGUUUGGCUGUAAGAAUAUAACAGGAGAGUUGUAACCUAAUUUUUUUUAUAGAAAUAAACUAACCAAAUAAAUCAACCAAAGCAGCUGUACAGUAUCAAUA